AGAUCGUGAUGUCAUCAAGCCAGAGAGUGAGAGUCUUGUCUCUGACCUGAGCGUGUAGUCGCAUUUAUGGCCAUUUAUGGCAUGAUUUGAUGGUAUGUUGGACAGCUCCAGCUGCAAACAAGAGUGUCGUGAGGCGGGGUGACCCAGAAAGAAACGAAGAUGACUUCGUUUACCUGUGGUUGUUCUGCUGCAAUGCUGCGAAUAGUAGCCUUCUUGUUGCCGCUUGCUGCUUCUGCAUGGCCCGAUUAUAGCGCUGAAAGAUCCACCGCACCUGGCCUAUCGCGGGUCAUGUCUUCCCCGUCUGAAGGCCUUCUUCAACAGCCUGCUCAUCACGGUAGCCCGCUUUCGACAAGAUCGAACCGCAACACAGAACAUCAAAAGAGUGCGAAGAGACAGUCGUCCCCUAGACCUGUGUUGGAAAGCAGGAGUGCCGAACGUGCCUCCUCGUCUCAUCGUAGCGCAGUUUCAUCUCACUUUCGUCUGAAGUCUACUGCAUACUCCCGAAGUCCAGCAGCUGUUGUCCAACAUGAAGAUGCAGUAACAGGAAGCUCCUUUGUCGACAUACCGCUGCGCGAAAGUGCACAGAAAAAUGGAAAGUACCUCAUAGAUGCGGCCGUCGGAACUGGUGAGGGCCAUGCGUCCCAGGUGAUGAUGUUGUCCAUGAACGCGCCUUUCACCUGGGUUGCCGGCGCAGAGUGUGAAAAUUGUGAGCCGCUACCCCCUGCCACGGCAAAGUUUGACUCGUCGAAGAGCAGCAGCUGGAGUAACGGGAAAACUCCAUUCAACGAUACAAUGAGCUUCGAGUAUGGCAGUAACUAACUGAUAUUAUGACAACGAUGAUGAUCUUCAAGUGGAAUGAAGGCCUUCAUGUCUGAUCAUGAAGGUGCAGGGUUUUUCGAGUACCUACUUGUAGCUCCAGCACGACCACUUCUCAAAGUAUAAUAAAGUCCUAUGUAUUGUAAUAUUUUUCGGGCUUAUCUCACACUACAAGAAAGUAACUUCAUCUUAUCACUGCGGCUUUUUUCAUUCGUUUUGAGUUCUUUUCGUUUCUCCUCUUCUCACCCCAUCUUAAUUUGACAUACGACGCUGCGAAGGGCGUGCUUGGACAGGACAUGGUGCACAUCAGAGGCACAAAAGCGACACCACCGUCACCAAUCGCCAAGCACAUAGCGGCUCGCUUGAGCGAGCUCGAGCCCCUACCACUGCCCUUCGGUGUAGUCCAGCACACACGACGCGAAGGCAUGCUAUUCGGAAACGGGUUUUCUGGCAUAUUAGGACUCGCUCCGGACUCUAGUAACUCUCUAGUCACAGGGCUCCGGUCCAAGGGCCUCAUUUCAGCGUCAUUAGCGGCUUUAGAUCUCGAUGUAGUUGUGGGAGAUGAAGACGAUGAACAUCAAAGGACCGAAUGUGUGAGAGAGAACAACUUCGAUGAUAGAAGGAGCACAGCCUUGAGAAGUCGCAAAUCUGGAGUUUUACGAAUAGGUGCUGUCGAUUCGGAGAAGUUCGAUCUUAUGCACUGGUUCCCAGUAAUGCGAGGCGCGGGAGGAAAGAGUGACAAUUGGCGCGUCGCGUCUCCCGGAAAUUUUAGUGCCAAUGGGCACACUUUCGACUCCUCGACCAGUCGCGAACAUGGCGUACUUCUGACGACAAGUCUCGAUGGCAUCGCGGUUCCUGACGACGAGCUUCACUCUUUCGUGGAAAAAUAUCUCAAAAAAUUCGUCCGGAAAAGCACGAAUGGUAUUGAUAUCAUUUGCUCACGAACGGCAUUCCCAAAUCUUUGUUCUCAAUGUGUGGCAUCAUACACUUCGUUGAAUCAUGACGUAACUGACAAAGACAAUGAGACUUGUCAUAAGCCGAGCAGGAUGUUGUUGUUUAUCCUUUCUUGUACUACUUGAACAAUUACAAUGGAUAACUAAGUCACUGUUCUAUCAGUUCUGCACAUGACCAUGCUGCUGCUCAGGUGUCUACCUUCUUUCCGCGGAUGCCGAGCUGGCCUUGGAUGUGUGUUUCACAAGUGACAGCAAAGAAGCGAAAUGCUUUGUCCUACGAUCCGAGGACCUGUUCGCUGAGACCUAUCUUGCCGGUUUGAAAAUGUUGAUGAUGCUACCACACUCUCUGAUGCGUCCAGGGUUUCCUCUCGGACUCAGCGGCUGGAUCAUGGGCACCAGAUUCUUACGCAGGUAAUAACCACCACAUAGAUCAUACAGACGAUUUUCAUAGUGGUACAAAUGCAAGCAUUACGGUUAUUACUUGCAGUAGUUCACAAACGCGCACGCGGGGCCUGUGCAGAUGAAAUACUAGAAAUACGUAAAGGAGAUGUAGGCCCUGGCCUUUUUGGACUCGCUUUCGUGUCAGUGAUACAACAUGAUUAACCCUGUGUAUGAUCUUCGUAUUCUAUGCCCAAGGUAUUACUCGGUCUUCGAUUGGGGAUCGACGUUGCCACUGCUAGCGCCGCGCGUUGGCCUUGGUCUUAAGAACCGACCAGCAUCAAGACCUGCGCAAAGCGACAGGCAAUCUGGAAGAUCUCCGUUGCCUGCGCAUGAGAGGGCUCGCAUUUGGACAUAGAAUAUACUUUCCUCUUGCGCGGGGAAAGGCCAAAAAAUAUGUGUUGAAAAGGAUGCAAGCAUAAAAACGACAAUUAAGCAAAGACGUUAUACUUAUAAGUACUAGUACUUGUAGUUGUUACGGUAUCAUUAUAGGGAGGCGGGAUCAUGCAAAGGCUUAGGCUUUUCUUGUUCUUGGCAACAAUCUCAAUUCCGACAAGAAUUUUCCAGGGCCAACACACGUACACGUGUAGUAGAUUCGAUCGAUUCACCGCUCGACGUUCCGUGGUGUUCACACAUCUACGGAACGUCUCGCGUUGUUCUCAAGCCUCUCCAUCAUCAAUACUCGUUCGCCGCCGUCUCCUCCAAAAUGCGAAUCGGAAGAAUGUCGUUCUUGUGGUCCAUUCAUUAUCACUCGGACCACCCCACCGAGGACUGAGGUCGGCGCGAUAGUGCCAGCUGUUGAACAAGGCCGUUCUCUCAAAGUGCACC